AUGUUGCUCCUGUCACCGGCCUUCAUUGCGGGGGCUGCUGGUCUGCUCCUCAUCAUCCAUGUCGUCGUCCGCCUCACCUCGGCCAUGGCAAAAGUGCCCGGCCCGGUUGUGUCCAACUUCACCUCGCUCGUGUUGAAAUGGAACGAACUCGGCGCAAACCGUACCAUGUACCUCCACGACUUGCACAAAAAGUAUGGCCCGGUUGUCCGUGUUGCACCCAAUGAGGUGUCCUUCACCUCAGCGGCUGCUCUCAAGGAAAUCUAUGGCUCCGGCGGUAGUGGAUAUGACAAGACCGAGUUUUAUGACCUCUUUCAAGUUUAUGGCAAGCGGACCAUGUUCUCUACGCUGAACAAGGGCGAUCACGCAAAGCGAAGGAGGAUGAUCGGUGAUCGAUACGCCAACAGCAAUGUGAUGAAAACUGCGCCUUUGGCUGGGAUACAGCUGCGAUCCAAGAAGUUCGUCGAGCGCUGUGUUAGCUCCCCUGAUGGUACAGCCGAUGUGUUUAGGACGCUCCAUGCCUAUGCCUGCGAUUGUGUCACACACCAGCUCUUCCAUCCAUAUGGCAGCAACUGCUUGCAGAACCAGGACGAUGAAGAGAUGAUGCACCAGGUAGCCGCUGAUGAUAGCCUGAAAAACCGGCUGGUUCAGCACUACAGCCCAACUCUCCACCGAGUUGUAUCCAAUGUACUUGCCAGCUUCGCAAAGCCUCGAUCUAUCCCCUUGGCCGACAACUUUGUCAUUGAGAAUGCCAAAGAGGAUGGUGCAGCUGAUUUCACGGUGUUGAACCGGCUCAAGGAGAAGAAUAGCGUCCUAGACACCAUCGACAUGGCAGCCGAGUGCCUCGAUCACAUGGCGGCUGGUAUUGAUACGACCGGCGAUGUUCUCUGCUUCUUGAUGUGGGAGCUCUCGCAACCUCGAUCCAUCAAGUACCAGCGUCUCCUCCGAGAAGAGUUUCGAAACAAUCCCAACGCACCCUUUGAUGAACUAACUCUCUUGGAUGCUGUACUCAACGAGGGCUUGCGGUGCUUUCCUGCUAUCCCCAUGUCUCUUCCUCGAUAUGUUCCCCAGGGCGGCCGUGUCAUUGACGGAUUUUCAUUACCAGAGAAGACGGUGGUUAGUUGUCAAUCCUUUUCUGUUCAUCGAAUCAACGACGACGUUUUCCCCGAUCCCGACAAGUUCUACCCUGAACGAUGGCUUGAGACUGAAGGAGACGCCGACCGACGACGACUUCAGUGGGCUUUCUCCAGCGGAGGGCGAGGAUGCAUUGGAAAGCAUCUUGCCAUGGCAGAGAUGAAGACAUUGCUGCGUGAUGUCUAUUCGCAGUAUGAAACCGAGCCAGAUGAAUCGAUGAGCAGCGAGUCUAUGGCCAUGGAUGACCAGCUCAUCUCAUCGCGACCCCUUGGAAAGCGAUGUCUCCUCAAAUUCGCCCCCGUGACAGAGGAAGAGAAGAAACAGUGA